UAGUUUCCUCAGGAGCAAGGGCGUCCAUCCACACACACACACACACACAGAAAAGAGCGUCCAUCCCCACCGUAGCAGCUAGCAUGGCAGGGCGGCUUGCUACCGUGCCAGAGGAGAGCGCCGACGGCUCCACGGCUGCCUAUCCGCCGCGCGGCCUCUACCUCGACCUUAUCCAGAGCAUCGCCGUGUCCGGAGCGCAGAUAAGAUCGACUCUCUUCUCCCACUCCGGUGAAAGCGGAUCCAGCUACUCCAGCGGCUCACGGACCUCGGGCUCUUAUCCGUCGCACAACUCUGGCUGCUCCUCCGGUUCGGCACAGUCCGCCGCCCCAGCGGAUUUCUGCACCCGUGAGCUCAAAACUAUCGCUCGCCGAAUGGUCAGCGACGGGUACACCCAGCGCAUGGUCAAGGCAUUCAACAACGCAUCUCCUGACCAACCGAAUCGUGUGCUUGAGAGUUGGUUCUUGGAGCUCGACGUCGACUGGGUUCUCCAAAUUUGCGAGAAGCAUGGCUCACAGGGGCAGCUCUGGCUCCAAGACAAGUCGGCCUCGUCGUUGCAAGACUUGGUCGCGAGGUGGAUCCGGGGUCUCACCGUGAUCGUCCACAGCAUAUGUGAGCUGGUCUUUCCCGACCAUAACGAGCUGGAGGGAGUCGCACGGUUUGGCAAAGCGAGCAUCACCGGGAUGCUCGCCUUCGUCGAUGCUGCCGCCCCUCUUCUCAAGGCAGAGAAGCUACAGGCCGUGCUAGGCAUGUAUAUAUGUGUCUGCACAUUAUACAUGAUCAUACCGGUUCCAAUGCAUACAGAAAGCAGAAUCAUAUUCAACGAGAUACGCAGCUCGCUGGCGAGAGAAGGGAACAGCUUAAAAAAUGCCAUAUUCAGCACGAUGAAGGAGGCGAGGACACUCGUGGAGGAGGACGACCUGUGGGCCAUAGAGAUUCUGCGAGGAAGAGGUGAGGUUCACAGGAACGCUCGGUUGAUGGUGAAUUACAUCCUGUACAUGAAAAAAGCAGUGGCUAUGCUGGAUCACUUUGCGCCGGUCCACAAGAACAGCAGCGGUCUUAAGGGCCUGAUAAAUGACACGAUUGAUUAUCUCAAGGAUCUGCUCUCUAGAAAAUCAGAGCUAUGCUCGGAUCCAAGCCUCAGGUACCUCUUCCUGCUCAACAAUUCAUAUUUCGUAGCGCAGCAAUGUGAGCCAUCGCGUUUUUCUACCGGGUAUGCACGCGACAAGAUACAGCUUACACCUGAAUGUCAGAAUUACAUGCAUAGCUAUCUCCACGUUUCAUGGGGACAUGUGCUUUCGUGCAUACGGAAAUCGAGAUUUCCUGGACCUAUCCAUCGUUGGAUCAACACCUCUUCAGUAGCCAAAUUCGAGCUGGCAGUUCGCAAAACGUGCCAGGCUCACAAGUUCUGGAAGGUUCCAGACCCUUUGCUCCGAAAUGAGCUACGGGGAGCUAUUGCCACAAGAGUUGUUUCAGGUUACCGCCGCUACCUGGAGGAGCAUCCGGAGCUACAGAAACACGUUGGCCACGGAGGCAGCAGUCCCGAGAUAUUGGAGGAUAUGUUGGGAGACCUAUUCGAAGGCUGAAAACUAGUUGAAGUAUCAAACAGAUUCACCAUGUAAAUAAGACCCCGGAGUUAUGUUUCAGGUUGUACUACAUUUUCCCCCCCUUUGAAGUGAAGUUGUAUUCUGAAUUUCGUCGGUAGCUUAAGCAGCAGAUAGUAUAUCAAGAGGCCACAAUCUACGGGUACGCAUUUUGAUGU